AUGCCUCGCACCCCUGAUUCUAGGCCUAAGACCACUGAUAAUAGCAUUGCACUAGAGACUAGACCUAGAACGCCUGAACACCGGUCCAGUAUCACUAAUUAUGGACCAAGGACACCUGAACAUGCGCAUGUGUCUCUACGACCUAGGCCACGGACUGCAGAACGUAGAGCUAGGUCACCAGAAUAUAGGGAAACAAGGCAUCGGUCUAAGACUCCAGAGCCUCAAGGAAAAGACUCUAGGAUCCCACAAACUCAGUACAGUACUGGCUUCCUCAUGUCACCUGAGACGCCAGACACACCAGAAAUCAGGCCAAAGGCUGAAGAAUACAGAGCGAGGCUACCAGAUCACAAGGCAAGAAACUCAAGACCAGGGUUAAGGAUCCCCCAAACUCAACCAAUCAUUGGUGAUAUCUAUCAUUCUGCUGCUCAAAUAUCUCCCCAAGCCACCAAAAAUCAUGGUAAUAAAACGAGUUCGGUCUCCAAUGAGCUGUCUAACGAAUGCAAGAGCUUAACAGGGGAGAGAACGCAGUCCAUGAUGUCAGAGUCGUACGUCUCUGUAGGAAGCUACAAGGUGAGAAAGAGCGUCUCGGACACUCUGCAGAAAAUAUUGGACAAGCAUGGAGACAUAGCGUCCAGUUCAAAGCUUGAGUCGCUUCCCACGAGAUCUUACUUCCUGGAAACGCUAGCCUCAGUGGUUCUCCAACUCCAGUCUACGCCUCUGAAGCAACUAAAGGAGACGCACGUCUUGGAAAUGCUAGCGGUUGUUCAAGACUUGGAGUCAGUCAAAAUCAAAGCCGGUUGGAUAAGGGAGGCUUUAAACGAGAUUCUUGAAGCGGCCAGAUGCUAUGAGCGACAUAAGACGACGGUGGAGGAGAAAGGGAUGUGUGAGAGAGAUGCUUUACUUGGGAGAGAAGAGAUGGAGAAGUUACUGAAAGAGGUGAGAUGGAAGGAGAACGAGGUGAAAAGUUUCCGUCAAGGGUUAACGGAGACGGCAGGGCGUUUGGGAGAUUUGGAGAUGAAGAGAGCACGGUUGGAGAAAAGCUUGGCGUUUCUGAGCUCCAAAGUAGACAAGUUUGAUGGAGAAUCUGUGUUGGAGAAGCUCUUUUGA